AUGGGGAAUAUUCCUCCUUUCAAAUUGGAAAAACUACAAGAUGGUGAAUGUUGGUCUAUUAUGAAGGAGAAAGCUUUUUCUCCCGGUGGAGCGGUAAACACAACAAACAUGACAAGAAUAGGUCUAAAGAUAGCAAAAAAAUGCAGCGGUUUACCACUAGCAGCAAAAUUUCUUGGAGGUCUAAUGCGCUCAAGAAAUGAAGAAGUCGAUUGGUUGUCUAUUGAAGAAAAUGAUAUUUGGAAUACACUAGAAAGUCAGAGCAAAAUCAUACCGAUAUUAAAAUUAAGCUAUGAUAAUCUGUCGUCCGAGUUAAAACAGUGUUUCUCCUACUGCUCUAUAUUUCCAAAAGAUUGGGAGAUAAAUAGAGCAACACUGGUUCAAUUAUGGAUAGCAGAAGGAUUUCUGGACACUUGUAAUCUUGAAAACGGAAGAUCGAUUGAAGACAUUGCAGAUGAAUACUUUGAGAGUUUACUAUGGAGUUCAUUUUUGGAUUGUGUGCAACAGAGUUUAUUGGAUGACAUAGUGACGUGCAAGAUGCAUGAUCUCGUGCAUGAUCUUGCACAAGCUGUUGCUGGGGAUCAGGCAUUGAUGUCUCUCAAGGCGAGUGAGUUGAAUAAUAAUUCUAAUAUCCGUCGGUUACAGGUUAACGUUGGACGUGGAUUUAUCAUCAACAUGUCUGAAAAGCUUAAGUGA